AAGAUUAUGUCAAUUGACAAUUUAAAAUAUCGUGAUCAAAAGUGUUUUAUAAAAUCAAGAGUAAAAGCAAAAUAUGUAAGAUUCCGUACUACAGAAUUCAUUAUUCAGUUUAAAAGAAUUGCUUCUAUAAUUUUUGUUGUUUGUCUAGCAUCAACAUGCUUUAUUGUUUUGUGAUUUUCUCAUCUUCCUAGGAACAAAAACUGAUAAAGAGAAAAUGCGAUAAGAAUGUUCCAUUACAUGGUUAUUCUUUUUAAUCAUUAAUUAUGCUUUAUUUUUGCAUCACCUGGUUAACACGUGCAAUUUGAUUGCAUUUAUCUUCGGAGACUGAAUACGUAUUUACACCAAAUAUUAUGAUAUUGCUAAGUGCCUUAUUUUUAAGUAUGGAAAGCAAUAAUCGAAGCUUAUAAAUAAAAAGUUACAGCUUCCAAUAAUUGAAAUAUCAAAAAAAAACUGGCAGACGUCGAAGAGUUAUAUGCAAUUUGUUUUUUAAUAAGUCACGAGUACGGCGAAAUAAUGGAAGGCGGGUUUCAAUAAACUGAUUUCCGAUGUGAACAAGAGGGCAAUCUCAUGCAACUCUCAAAUAUCGCUGAUGUUAAAGUGAGCUUAUCUACUGUUCAAAGUGUGCUAAGGAAUGCUCCAUAUUUGAAACUAUUAAAACUAAAGAAAUAAACACCAUAUAAGGUGCGAACGGUACGACUUUGCCAUCUUCUAUAUGGUACGUGUGAGCUACAAUUUUUCAAAAGUAAUAAGAAUUCCAGUACUAGGAAACUACUUUUCUCCAUUUUAAACUUGAUCGAGUGCCCGUGUGUUUAAGCUUUGGAUUGAAGAAUAAAGCGAUAUUUAAUGUAGUUUCCAUCUUACUUUACGGACAUAAAUGUAUUAGAAAUAUUUGGCGAUGGUUGAAUUAGUUGAUCGUAUGGUUGAUCAUCAAUUUUCAUAAAUUAGUCAUUCGGAUCUUUGAGAUAAUUCUCAACAAAUUGGGAUCGACUCAUUAUUAACAUAAAAUAUAAAUAAUAAAUAAACAUAUGUAAGUUUGAAAAUAUGUUAUUGGCUAAGAAUGCGAAAAAAUAUAAAAAAAGUUUAUAUGUGCUAACCUGAUGACCUAAUUUAAAAUGUUAAUUUAUUUUACUGAUAUUAAAUAAAAUAAAAUUAUUAAAACAUAUGGAAAGGGUAAACACUAAUUGUUUUAUUUGGUAUUGAAUACACUUGUACCAACAAGGAAAAAACAGCCUGGGAUGAGAGACCCCCUUUUGAUGACGACCAUGGCAAACGAAAUAAGGACUAUGAUUUGAGGGCAUGCACCUGGAAUGCCCGGUCCCUUAAUUGGGAAGGUGCCGCUGCCCAGCUGGUAGAUGUCCUCGUAAAGAUAAAGGCUGACAUCACCGCCGCCCAAGAAAUGCGAUGGACGGGACAAGGGCAGAGAUGAGUAGGUCCUUAUGACAUUUACUACAGUGGCCAUAUUAAGGAGCGCAAGUUUGCUGUUGGAUUUGUGGUGGGAGAGAGACUCCGUCGCCGAGUACUAUUCACUCCGGAGAAUGAACGUCUAGCCACAAUCCGCAUCAAAGCGAGGUUCUUCAACAUAUCGCUGAUUUGCGCCCACGCCCCGACGGAAGAGAAGGACGAUGUGACCAAAGAUGCUUGGAGCGCACUUAUGAGAGAUGCCCCCGCCACGAUGUCAAAAUCGUGCUUGGCGACUUCAACGCCAGGGUGGGCAAAGAAGGUAUCUUUGGCACUACGGUCGGUAAAUUCAGCCUCCACGAGGAAACAUCCCCAAAUGGGUUGAGGCUGACCGACUUCGCCGGGGCCCGAAAUAUGGUUAUCUUUAGUACUAGAUUCCAGCAUAAGAAGAUACAUCAAGCUACCUGGCUGUCUCCGGAUCGAAAAACCACCAACCAGAUCGAUCAUGUUGUGAUAGACGGAAGACACGUCUCCAGUGUUUUAGAUGUGCGUGCGCUCCGAGGUCCUAACAUCGACUCGGACCACUAUCUUGUUGCCGCCAAGAUUCGCACCCUCCUCUGUGCAGCAAAAAACGCACGCCAACAAACACAACGAAGGUUCGACGUCCAGAAGCUGCAAUCACAACAGACAGCCGAACGAUUUUCUACUCGGCUUGCACUCCUGCUCUCUGAGAGCACUCGUCAACAACUCGGUAUAAGGGAACUGUGGAACGGCAUUUCAAACUCCUUACGUACAGCUGCAACCGAAACCAUUGGUUUUCGGAAAGUGCAAAGGAACAGCUGGUACGACGAGGAGUGCCGUGUCGCAGCGGAGAGAAAACAGGCUGCCUACCUCGCAACGUUACGAUCGACCACAACACGUGCGGGAUGGGAUAGAUACCGACAGUUGAAGAGGGAAGCGAGACGCAUUUGCAGACAGAAGAAGAAAGAGGCCGAAAUGCGUGAGUACGAACAGCUUGAUAAGCUGGCCGACAGGGGUAAUGCUCGAAAAUUCUAUGAAAAAAUGCGGCGACUUACAGAAGGUUUCAAGACCGGAGCAUACUCCUGUAGAACCCCCAAAGGUGAUCUAGCCACCGAUGCCCAGAGCAUACUUAGAUUAUGGAGGGAACACUUCCCCAGCCUGCUGAAUGGCAGUGAACACAUAGCACCAGGAGAAGGCGAACCCGAUUCCCCAAUCGAUGACGAUGGAGCAGACGUUCCAUUGCCCGACCAUGACGAAGUUCGAAUAGCAGUUGCCCGCCUGAAGAACAACAAAGCGGCAGGGGCCGACGGAUUGCCGGCCGAGCUAUUCAAACACGGCGGCGAAAAACUGAUAAGGAGCAUGCAUCAGCUUCUUUGCAAAAUAUGGUCGGAUGAGAGCAUGCCCAACAAUUGGAAUUUAAGUAUGCUAUGCCCAAUCCAUAAAAAAGGAGACCCCACAAUCUGCGCCAACUACCGUGGGAUUAGCCUCCUCAACAUCGCGUACAAGGUUCUAUCGAGCGUAUUGUGUGAAAGAUUAAAGCCCACCGUCAACAAACUGAUUGGACCUUAUCAGUGUGGCUUCAGACCUGGUAAAUCAACAACCAACCAGAUAUUCACCAUUCGCCAAAUCUUGGAAAAGACCCGUGAAAGGAGAAUCGACACUCACCACCUAUUCGUCGAUUUCAAAGCUGCUUUCGACAGCACGAAAAGGAGCUGCCUUUAUGCCGCGAUGUCUGAAUUUGGUAUCCCCGCAAAACUAAUACGGCUGUGUAAACUGACGUUGAGCAACACGAAAAGCUCCAUCAGGAUCAGGAAGGACCUCUCCGAGCCGUUCGAUACCAAACGAGGUUUCAGACAAGGCGACUCCCUAUCGUGCGAUUUUUUCAAUCUGCUGCUGGAGAAAAUUAUUAGAGCUGCAGAACUGAAUCGAGCAGGUACAAUCUUUUAUAAGAGUGUACAGCUGCUGGCGUUUGCCGAUGAUAUUGAUAUCAUCGGUCUCAACACCCGCGCCGUUAGUUCUGCUUUCUCCAGACUGAACAAGGAAGCAACGCAAAUGGGUCUGGCAGUGAACGAGGGCAAGACGAAAUAUCUCCUGUCAUCAAACAAACAGUCGUCGCACUCGCGACUUGGCACUCACGUCACUGUUGACAGUCAUAACUUUGAAGUUGUAGAUAAUUUCGUCUAUUUAGGAACCAGCAUUAACACCACCAACAAUGUCAGCCUAGAAAUCCAACGCAGGAUUACUCUUGCCAACAGGUGCUACUUCGGACUGAGUAGGCAAUUGAAAAGUAACGUCCUCUCUCGACGAACAAAAACCAAACUCUAUAAGUCGCUCAUAAUUCCCGUCCUGCUAUAUGGUACAAAGGCUUGGACGAUGACAACAACCGAUGAGUCGACGUUGCGAGUUUUCGAGAGAAAAGUUCUGCGGAAGAUUUAUGGUCCUUUGCGCGUUGGCCACGGCGAAUACCGCAUCCGAUGGAACGAUGAGCUGUACGAGAUAUACGACGACAUCGACAUAGUUCAGCGAAUUAAAAGACAGAGGCUACGCUGGCUAGGUCAUGUUGUCCGGAUGGAUGAAAACACUCCAGCUCUGAAAAUAUUCGACGCAGUACCCGCCGCGGGAAGCAGAGGAAGAGGAAGACCUCCACUCCGGUGGAAGGACCAAGUGGAGAAGGACCUGGCCUCGCUUGGAAUAUCCAAUUGGCGCGCUGUUGUUGACUCGGCUAUAAUCGCGAAAGCGGUGUCUACGCCAGUAAAGAAGAAGAAACACAAAAACCCAAUUUAUUCUUAAAAAGGUCGUGAAUGGAUAUCGUCCCUAGAAAAUUAGAAUUAGAAAAAAUUACAAAUCUAGUAGGGACGAUAGCUUGGCGUUUUGUGAACAUUAAAAAAAAAUGAAGCAAAUCGGUUAAGUAGUUCGACCGGAAUCAUGUCACGCCAGUUUAAAAAAGUGUGUUUUGAGAAAAACGCGUUUAAAGUUUGAGCUCCGAAAGUCGAGCGGUAUUAUUAUUUUUAGGUCCUUUUUGAAACCUUCCAAUGGUACAUUGGGUUUUUACAUUAAUUCUAAGGUAAAAGGGAACAGAAAAUGUAAAAAAAAAAAAUUUGAAGAAAUAUAUGGAGUCAUAUACAUAAACGAGCAUCAUUCCGUUCUGUCUUCGUCAAGCUUAAAAAAAAGAAAUCUGUCAAAAUCGCGAAUCCAGUUCGAUUCGAGUCAAAUAUCGAAUAGUUCGAACUAUUCGAAUAAUGCGAAUAAUUCGACCAAUUCGAAAUAUUCGAAGAAGUAAAAUCUUAAAUAGAUUAUUCUAUUCCAUUAAUAGAGCAAAAUUAAAGAAAAUAAAACUAUUAUUCAAAAUUGAUUUAGACAUUUAUUAACAUAGUUGAUUUAGCUCUGCUUUAGUUUAGUACUUUUAUUUUCUUCUGCAACUAUACCCUUUUUUCCUAUUUUAACACAUUUCUGAUAAAAAUAGGAUGUUUCGAAUGUAAAUGCUUUAACAUAGGUGACGUAGUAGCUAGAAAAACAUAAUGAUUAAUUAAUAUAGAUAUAUAUGUAUAUAUAAGUCAGAAAAAACCAUCAUACAUGUUGAAAAUUUUAAUACUUCCGAGCAAGUAUUACAUAUUGCUUUUCGGUAUCCUUCAGUACAGAGCUUAAAAAAAUUCCAAGCAGGACUCCGAUGUGUUGAAGACGUUGAAGACACAACCUCAUUAUCAUCUCCCAUACCAACUUCAGGUUCUACUUCCAUAAUCACACUUUCCUCUUCAGAAUUAUGGGAAGACAUUUAUUCAAUUUAAAAAAAAUAACCAAUGUUUGAUUUUUGAAGUAAAACUUCUUUAGGCGCGCUUGGCUUGGGGAGUAAGCUGACGAACGCGUAACGAAAAGUGUGAUCAGGCGAGGCGAACGCAGGGCUCACCGCGUUGCCAAAUUUACGACAUUUCAUUUAACAUAUGUACAUAUUAAAAGACCAAGCGGUCGCGUAUAUUCACGUACAUACAUAUGUAAUUAUGUGUGCAUGUAAACAAAUUUGCAAGAACCAGAGAACUUAAAAGUAUAGACAGAGAACAUAAAAUUUGUUAACAUUGUAUGUAAGGUCGGAAUUCGCCUCGCAAUUGUACGGGGCAUCUCGACACGAUAGAAUUUAUAGGAUACUAGCUGCAUUGCCGUGCACAUAGCCUGUGGAGACUCCACAUUGCUCAUAGCUUACUAGACAUAGAAUACUAUCUAGUUUGCCAUGUAUAGUAAGCUAGAAGCUGUCACUUCAGCAGUUUGACAGCGCAGCUUUCAUUUCUAUGAAAAUUUUGAAGAGGCAACAUAUCCCAUUUGCACAUAUGCCGAUGGCAUUUUCAAUUUGGCAAUAUGAAAUUUAGAAGAAGGAGUAUUAAGACGGUUGUGUUAUAUUAUAAAAAUUAAGUAC